GAGAGCGUGAGGGGGAUUUUUCGGCUAUCCGCCUUCGAUUAAUUCCAUACAUGCAUCACCUCCUGCAGACCCAAAAUCUUAUAUCUUCCACCUCCCUUUUGAGACUCACUUGACCCGAAGACCACAAUCAUACUCCAUUUUAUUUCGUUUAUUUUAUUCCAAGAUAUUUGCUCAGCUGCUUUUUGGUUCGCAGGCUAGAGUAGCUAUAUCUUUAUUUUUUGGUGAUAUCAGAAUAUUAUUUAGAUGACAAUAUGAGUGGCGGGGUCUAUGGCGGAGAUGAGGUAGGGGCCCUUGUAUUUGACAUUGGCUCCUUCUCUACUCGAGCGGGAUAUGCUGGCGAGGACUGCCCCAAGGCAGAUUUCCCCACCUCCCUGGGGGUGUUGGUGGAGGAAGAAGGUGGUGGAGAGAUGGGGGCAGAGCAGGAAAAGGCAACAGGGAGGACCUUCUACCUGGACACCAACGCCUUGCACGUCCCCCGGGCGGGCGUGGAGCUCUUCUCGCCCCUGAAGAAUGGCAUGAUUGAAGAUUGGGAGGCCUUCCAGGCCAUUCUGGACCACACCUACUGCAAGCACAUCAAGUCCGAGCCCAGCCUGCACCCGGUGCUCAUGUCUGAAGCUCCCUGGAACACACGGGCGAAGAGGGAGAAGCUGACAGAGCUGAUGUUCGAGCACUACAACAUCCCAGCCUUCUUCCUGUGCAAGACAGCCGUGCUCACAGCCUUCGCCAAUGGGAGAGCAACCGGCCUCGUCCUGGACAGCGGUGCCACGCACACCACCGCCAUCCCAGUGCAUGAUGGGUAUGUCCUUCAGCAAGGCAUCGUGAAAUCGCCUCUGGCAGGUGAUUUCAUCACCAUGCAGUGCAGGGAGCUGUUCCAGGAGAUGAACAUCGACAUCACCCCGCCCUACAUGAUCGCCGCCAAGGAGCCAGUGAGAGAGGGAGCACCCCCAAACUGGACCAAGAAAGACAAACUUCCUCCAGUCACCAAGUCCUGGCAUACCUACAUGUGCAAUGAGGUGAUCCAGGAUUUUCAGGCGUCUGUGCUGCAGGUAUCUGACUCCCCCUACGAUGAACAAGUGGCUGCGCAGAUGCCCACAGUUCACUACGAGAUGCCCAGCGGGUACACAACCGACUAUGGCGCUGAAAGACUACGUAUCCCAGAGGGCCUUUUUGACCCCUCUAACGUCAAGGGCCUCUCUGGAAACACUAUGCUAGGUGUGGGGCAUGUGGUUACCACCAGCAUCGGCAUGUGUGACAUCGACAUCCGGCCUGGUCUCUAUGGCAGUGUCAUUGUCACUGGGGGAAACACCUUGCUGCAGGGUUUCACCGAGAGGCUGAAUAGGGAGCUGUCCCAGAAGGCCCCACCGAGUAUGCGGCUGAAGCUGAUAGCCAGUAACAGUUCAAUGGAGCGCCGCUUCAGCCCCUGGAUCGGAGGCUCUAUCCUGGCCUCCCUGGGCACCUUCCAGCAGAUGUGGAUCUCCAAGCAGGAGUAUGAGGAAGGAGGAAAACAGAGUGUGGAGAGAAAAUGCCCCUGAACGAUGCUGCCCCCUACUGACACAUGUGCAAAACAACAGGGGGCAGCUGCCAGCCAACUCACAGAGAACAAAGCCAAUCAUUCCCAUGUCCAUGACUCUCUGAUGUUCCCUGUAGUGACUGCCGUACUACUUUUUAUCUGUCCCUUUCUAGACCGCCCUUUUCUUUCUUUCUCUCUCUCUCCGUGGUCUGUUCCUCUGUCCCCUUCCCCUCUCUCUCCCUUUAUCUGCUCUUUCCUCUCUCCGCUAAGAGCUCAGUCGCUCCGUGUCCGUCCGCCCGUCUGUCCCUCCAUCUGUCACAUGAGCAUCCAGGCGCGGCUUUCCCCGCAUCCGCGCCUUGUGACUCGCAUAAUCGCAGCUCUUUUGAGUGUGACCUUUGAAACGACAUCCAUGCAAAUAAAGGUGAACAAACGGA